UCACUCAGCAGUCAGCUCUCUGAUUCGCUGAGACCGAGUUUUGUGUCGCUUCACAGAGAACGAAGAAGUUUGUAACGAAGCCGAGACGAAACCACACCAGCUCCCUGGUUCCGGGAGAAAGGAGAACCGAGCCGACCCGCCCAUGUGACCCAUACGCUCUCCAGCUGUUGAGCAGAAGGAGCAGAGAGAGAUGGAGGCUCGCCUUGAUGACCUACUGUCACGUAUCGCCAUGGAGACAGAUGAGAUCAAAGAGCUGGAGCAGCAGCUGACUGACGGUCAGAUUCUGGCUAACAAGGCUCUUCAGAGGGACUUGAAGGAGGUGAUCUGUGGACUUCAGGAGUACCUGAGAGGACUUGGACAGCAGACUUGUUCUCAGCUGCAGGCUGACAGGUUACAGGAUGAAAACCAGAGACUACAGCGCUUUCCGCAGGAGGCUCGGGGACUCUGCAGGCAGCAGGAGGAGGACAGGUCGCAAACACACACUAAAGUCAGCGUAGUGGAGCUGUCUGCUCUGUGGAUGGAAGCUCAGUCUAUAAGGGACAGGCAGACUCAGCUGGAGGCGGGGCUUCUGCAGCUGAGAGAGGAGCUAACUCAGCAGGUGACACUGAAACAGGAGGACGACAGGUCUCCGCAGAGUGUCAGUCUGAGACUUCAAGCCCAGCUGGACCAGAACAGAGUUCAUUUUAACUACAUUGGGACCCAGCUGGACCAGUUUACAUCCACUUUACCAGAACUUCAGACGGACCCAGAGGAGAGGAAGAACAGUCCCACCGGUUCCAAACACUCAUUGUUCUUCAGAACCGCACAGCACACCGGGAUGAGUGGAGGGCAGCUGCAGGCCCGGCUGAUCCAGGACCAGGGGAACACCUCUGUGGAUAAGAACACUGAGCAGCCGAGGUCUCAGAGCAGAGACCGCCUUGUUUGUGAGCAGAACCCGGCUCCCAGUUUGGGAUCUCAGGGCACUCAGGACUCUGGUCUGGAGCUGCAGUUCCCCAGUUCUCCCGACAGGGGGCAACAGCAGGGUGGACCUUCUGCAGGGAGGGGGUACUGGGUCUUCGUCCCUAUGGUGCACCAGGAGAGGGAGUGUGUGUGUUCGGAUGAUCAGAACAAUGAUGGGUUGAGUGACCGCAGCUCCAGAGGAGGCUCUCCUCCUCCUCCACCUCCUGCUUCUCCUCCUGUCACAGCGGCAGCAGCUUCUGCUGGUGUCACCGAUGCCCGGACUUCCCUGAGGGGCUCUGCCAGUCCCUCCACAAAGUCUGCUUCUCUACGCUGCAGGCCUCCAAAGCAGAAGCACACGGAAGAUGCAGAACGUCUGAAAGAAAAAAAGGAGCUACAAAUGGAAACCAAAUGGCUGCGACAUAAACUACGGCAGCACAGGUGUGUGUUGCAGGUGUGUGAUGAGUUGGCGUGUUUGGAGGAAACUCUGCUGAAAAGACGAGCAGAACUACGAGAGUCAGACAGGCUGCUGCUGGAGGCUGAGAGGCUCAGAGACUUGACAGGGGGGCAGGUUGACAUUCUGCUCCUCAGACGUCUGACCAGCACCUCCUCUCUGCUGGAGGCGGCGCAGCACCUCCGGGAGUUGAGGAGGAGGAGGGAGGAGGAGCAGCUGACUCUCUGGGAGGUGGAGGCGGCGAUAAGGAGUCGACAUCAGGAGUUCAAACAACUCGACACAAAAAUGAAAGCAGCAGCAAACAGAGAGGAGCAGAAACUGCAGAGCAUCAUUGAGGAUCUGUUGGAGCAGCAGGAGGCGCUGUGGAGCAAGAAGAGCUCCACAGUUUCUGAUGUCAGAUCGGAGGAGCAGAAACUUGUCUCCGUGAAGGCUGAGCACAGGUCCCACAGAGCAGAACUGAAACGGGUCCUGAGGGAGGAGUGGAGCAGGAUGCAGGAGCAGGUGGCCAUGAAGAGGAAGGAGCUCUCUGCACCGCAGCAGUUGGGCCAGAAGGAUGUGAAACAGCUGCAAGAUGAGCUGCAGAAGCUGAAUAGGAGGAGGAGGAAGAGGAGCAGCCAGCAGGAGCAGUGUAGACAACUGGAGACCAGACGGAGGCAUGCUGAUAGGCGUCUGUCUGUGCUGGAGGCGGAGCGAAGCCACACCCACUUCAUCAAAUAGGAGGUGAUCGUGGAGACGGGAGCCAAUCAGCAGCCAGAGGGCCCUGCCUCCACGUGUCACCUUCCUGUCGUUGCUGUUGCCAGGUGACGGAGCAGCUGGGAGCUGCAGCAGCUGCUAUCCACCUGCAGCAGGAGAUGCUGAGAAAAAACAAACAUUGUGUUACUAAAACUUCAGUUUGGGUCUGAUCUUAAAGAGCAAGUCACCCCCA